UUCGGUGUUUGCUAUUUAACGGUAGAUAAGAGAACUCGCUCUGAAAUUUUAUCGGUUUUCCUACCGGUUUUGCAGUAAUUCCUCUCCAUUAUGACUAAUCUUUCACAGUCUGAUUGAUGAAAUUGGUCAUCGUCUAAAAAUACCGGGAGGCAAAACGAAAAGAUUGACUAACAUAAAAGCGUAAGAAUCGAGUUUCUAACUUAUAGUCGUGAACGAUGGAUAAAGCCAAGGCAAUACCUGAUGGACGAAAGUUACCACCCCUUCGGAGUUUAAACGAUUUCAUUCUGGAAUCGUCGCGUUUCCAACUACCCAAUUUUAAAGAUUUCGAGAAAUGGGGUAACAGAGUGGUAAAUAAUCUUAUUUACUAUCAAACCAACUACCUUUAUAUGUCAAUCGCAAUCAUACUUAUUGUAGGAUCAAUGCAUCCUUCAAAGAUAUUAUUUGGUGUAUCUACAGUGGUAUUAAUGUGGACACAAUAUCUUUAUGGAACCAUUGAGAAUAAAGAAGUAGCUAACAUAAGAAGACAAUAUCCAUUACUUCAACUUGUAAUGCUUUUUCUAUGCGCAUAUUAUGUGUUUGUUAACUUGAAUUCAAUUUUUCUGGUGUUAUUCAGUUUCUUAUUGUCAUUUUGCAUAAUUUUUAUACACGCAUCGUUGAGAUUAAGGCAUCUUAAGAAUAAGAUUGUCAACAAAAUCGAGGGGAUUGGAUUGGAGCGUACACCAAUGGGCAUUUUCUUGCAAUAUUUUGCAGAAGAUGUGACUGGUAUAGUCGUACGUGCACAGACAACCUUUGUCCAAUCGCUUCAGUAGUAACCCACUUUAACCACAUCUAGGAGUGAAUGUAAUUUACUAAUGACUAUUGAAUGCUGCUUUAAUUUAAUGGAAAUUAUGUUUCUGGAUGAAUACCACAGUGAGAGGUAUCUAUGUUAAAAUUUCCACAGCAAAAUAAUUAAACUGUGU